AGAAGAACAGAGACCCAAUGAUGACAUCACUGGUCUAAAAUAAAGGCUGCAGCCAUACUACAGGAGACGGUCAGAGACUGCAGACAUAGUACAGGAGACGGUCAGAGACUGCAGACAUUUGUACAGGAGAUGGUCAGAGACUGCAGACACAGUACAGGAGACGGUCAGAGACUGCAGACAAUCUACAGGAGACGGUCAGAGACUGCAGACAAUCUACAGGAGAUGGUCAGAGACUGCAGACAUGGUACAGGAGACGACCAGAGACUGCAGACAGGAGAUGACCAGAGACUGCGGACACAGUACAGG